CCAAUGCUUCAUCUGGAUGAGGACUCCGGCAGCUCAGAAAGCAGAGUCUUCGCUGUUUGAAAGCGUUCGCAUCCGGGCUUCAAGGUGGUAGCUAACAGAAAGCUAGGAGGGGCAUUCUCAGGCCAAGUCACAUCAAGACAACAGCCUCUGCAUUCUCUUUGAUUCGGUAACUGCUGAGCGUCAAGAUACAGGAGACCGGCCUCGACUUUUGAGCCACGUGCAGAACGCUGGGACGUUCUGCUAAGACGUAAUUCAUAGCACGCGGGAGCUUUUGUUCUGGGGUAGUGACUGGGUUAUUAAUCUUGGCAGCCAUGAAGCAAAAGCGCUUCGCCAGCGCGGGAGUCCUGUCGACAGUGAUCGGCAUCAUCUUUGUCUGCCUUUAUGGUGUGGGCUUCUCAAACUCCCGCCCAAACUCGGUUCGCAUACGCUCUUCCAUUGUCGAGUGGGCCAACGGAACGACGGGAUCUAGGGACAGGUUACUGGAGCUCUCUUCGGUGCCCCAUUUGGAGGAGCUGGCCGAGUCGAUCAUUCCGGCGCUGUUUGCGCCAGAGAAUUACCAGAAGAUCAGGCAAAAGUUCAAGGGAAAUCAGUUCCUUUUGCGCAAGCCCAUUCCAGUGGUCGGCAUUCCGGUGAUGAACAACGCGGAGUGGCUACGGCGGACGAUUUACAGCAUCGACGUUCCAGUGAAGAAGAUUCAGCUGGUUGUGAACGAGUUGCCCAGCGCGUCGGAGGAGAACCGAAAGAUGAAGGAGGCUGUCAACGAUAUCGUGACAAGGCUCGGGUCUCGUUUCGUGCACGUCGAGCAGCCCGGUUGCAAUCUGGGCGUCUCCGGAUCCUGGAACACCAUCUUCGCCAAGAACCUCGACGCCCCGUGGUUCUUCCUCGCGAGUGCUGACGUGGCAUUCGCGCCGGCGGCGCUCGGAAGAGUGGCGGACGAAGUGGAGGACCCGCAGAACAAGGACAUUCUGAUCUACUUCUACUCGGCGAUGCGCUUCUUCGUGCUGACGCGCAAAGCGCUGGACGUGAUCGGCGUGUUCGACGAAAACAUCUGGCCGCAUCCCGUCGAAGACAAGGAGUACCACAAGCGCGUGAUGCGCGCGCAGGUUUUGCAACCCGACAAACAGCUCAUGGCGCAGAUCGGUGCCGAAAUGCCCAACGGCCGGAUCUUUGAGGAGAUUCACCACGUGCACGGAAACGACGAGGUGAUUGGCCGGGGGCGGGGCGCGGAGAUUUGGGAAGACGACGACGCGCCGAAGACGUCGGGCGCUUUCCGGACAAACCCGGAGCUGUAUGCAAAACGACUCAAAAUGAGCGGAGGAAACGUCGGGGCAGUGUACCGGGCCAAAUGGAGUACUCUCUCCGACGAGGAAGAGAAGAAGGGGAUCUUCAAUUGGAUGCGGCCGUUCAACAACCCGGAGCGCGAGCUUUGGAGCUGGACUUUCGACCGGAAACUGCGGGCCAUUCUGAUGUCUAUGUGGAACAUGGACCUAGACCCUUCUUUGAAUUCUCUGGAGCCAUACAACUACGCUCGGAUGAUGCCCGGCGACCAGUUGGCAAAGCCCCGGAGCAAUUGGGACGCCGAAGUUGGAGACCGGUUAUACGCUUUGUUGCCACGGGAAGGGAUGGGUCGGGAGUCGGAUGAAUUUAUCAAGGCGCAAGGAGACGUGUGCGUCUCCGAGUUUGCGGCGGUAGGCGGCGAUGUGAAUAAGCUCCUCGAAUCGCGCCAGAUGUAAAACGAUGCCCGAUUCUGAUCCGAGUCGAGUGUACGCGUCAAUAUACCGACGUCAAUCAGGUAGAACGUUUCGCGCGAAGUAUAGGUACAUUAAUUGAGGUACAAUCUUCUUCAAUCGUUGUGUAAAAUUAAGAUAGUGCAAG